GAGCCACUGUGAUAAACUCAUCUUAAUUUCAUUCUUUGUUGUACUAAAUUUAGAUCAAGUACAAGAUAAUUGAAGAAGAAAACAUGGAUUCAGAUACUCUUCUUAAAACUGAAAGUGAUGAUGAAUUGAAACAUAAACAAGUUUCUGUGAUUUCUCAGUUGCCAGCUCCAAGACCAGUCUCUGAACUUGAUGCUGCUGCAAUUAAACUUCAAAAAGGUUUACAAGAGUUACCGUACUAGAAAAAACCUUGCAUAUUGUGCAGUUGUAGUGGAACAACUAUGGUGGAAGGCAUUGGAUUAUGUUGUUCUUAGAAAGAGUUAUGUUUCAUUCUUUGAUGAUCAAAAUCCUGAUCCUGCUGAUGUGUACAGUUGGGAUACAGCAAGAAGGACAAGAGCACCUCAGUAUGACCCGCAUCAACGAUAUGGACACAAUCUUCGCAUGUAUUACGAUUUCUGGUUUGAAAGCCAAAGUACAGAACCAUUUUUCUACUGGUUGGAUGAGGGCGAUGGAAAAGAUAUAAAUCUUGAGAAAUGUCCAAGGAACAUUCUGCAACAACUUACGGGCAAGCCAAACAAGAUUUCAACAUUUUGAUUAAAAAUGUUCUAUGCAAAUUAGAAUUAUUGUUUUUUAAUCCAGUUGAUUUUGUAUUAUUCUAUUAGGUGAUUCAAUAAAUUUAAAAAAUAAAAUUACAUAGUAGUAGUGCAUGGACAUUAUAAUAAUGCAUAUGAAUAACUGAUGCUUUUAAUUUCUGUGUUCUCACUUUGCUGAAGCAAGACAUCCAACAGAUUAGUGCAUGGACUCCUGUUAUUAAAAGCAUAUGUGUUCCUAGAAUCUGAUAUCCCUGUAAAUAAAAUGU